AUGGAGGUUUGGAAUAAAGCGGCUAUAGCCAAACAUGUUUGGUACUUGUUUUCGGGUGGGGAAUAUUCCAUGUGGUGUCAAUGUGUUAAGUCCUACUUACUUAAGGGUAAGAGUUUUUGGGGUAUUAAGGUGCCCAGUGAUGCCUCCUGGUAUGAUAACUGGCACCCCUUUGGUUCGCUUCUGCUUCGGUAUGGUCCUAGGAUUUUGUAUGAUACCAACCUUCGUGAUAGUUCUAAGGAAUGGAUUGCUGCCACUCCUCCUUCUCUUAAACCUUCCCUUGAUUCCCCUGAUAUUCCUGUGUGGAGCUUGACUGCUGAUGGCUCUUUUUCUAUCCACUCUGCUUGGGAAUGUUGGAGGGACAAGGGCCCAAAGGUUACUUGGUCUAAUCUUAUUUGGGGUCCUCCUGUUAUCCCUAGGGUUAGUUUCAUUGUGUGGUUGGCUAUUCAUGAGAGACUUAACAUCGGGGAUAGGCUCCAAAUCUUUGGUCUCCUUACUAGCCCUAGCUUUUCUAUCCACUCUGCUUGGGAAUGUUGGAGGGACAAGGGCCCAAAGGUUACUUGGUCUAAUCUUAUUUGGGGUCCUCCUGUUAUCCCUAGGGUUAGUUUCAUUGUGUGGCUGGCUAUUCAUGAGAGACUUAACACUGGGGACAGGCUCCAAAUCUUUGGUCUCCUUACUAGCCCUAGUUGCCCUUUAUGUUGUGCUCCUGAGGAGAACCACUCCCAUUUGUUCUUUGGGUGUCUCUAUUCGUUAUCCAAGCUAAAUGUAUUUCCCACUGGCCUUCUCUGCCCUGGUUGGAACUUGUUGAGUUUGCUACUAAAUCCAUCAAUGGUAAAUCUCUGA